AUGGCACCUUCAACCCGACUGAGCACCCAACAUGGACACCGUGUCAACUACGCAAUUGGCUCGCGUGCUGAUCCUAUCGUCAUCGAUACAUCACCUGAACCUGAACCUGAACCUCGCAUUGGGCCGCCGCGCGCUCCGGCAAUAGAGCCAAACACUGGGACCAAUGCCUUCACCCGUGCAUCUCGUCGAGCUCCUACCCGUACAAAACAAAUUCCUCCCGCGAAGACCAAGGCAUCAGCAACGGAAGAGGCUACUCAUAAAGUGAUCAAGAAGACAGUGAAGCCCAAAAAGCUGCUGCUGCCUGAAAAGACGGAAUGCUUGCUUUGUGCCGAUACUAAAGCCACCGCGACGUGCUUCAAAUUCAUUACCGAAAAUUAUGUCUGUCAGCACUGGAAGGUUAUCUGCAGGUUUUGUAUCUCGAAUAUGGUCAAAUCCAAAGUCAUCAAUCGUCAGCUUGGUCGAGCUGAGCUGGAUUGUCCAUUUCCUGGCUGCAACCUUGCCCUGAGUCUCCAAAUGCUCAAGCUGAACAUGACCGAGGCUGCGUAUGGAGAGUACGAUAAAGCUCUUCUUAAAUAUCUCCUUUCGAAUGACACGUCUUACAUGGCAUGCCUUUCAUCAGAUUGUGGCGAGUACUUCUGCAUAGCAGAUUGCCAGGGCAAGGCCAGAACCAGAAAACGCAUGAUUGCAUGCCCCUAUUGCGACUACCAGAUCUGUCUCAGCUGCGCACGUCCCUGGGAGUCUCACGGCUCUAAGAGCUGCACCAAAGUGGUGCAUCAGGAAGAAGAGGCCUCCGCAGCAGCUCUCAGAAGCCUUGGGGUAAAGCCGUGUCCAAAAUGCGGUGUGAAUAUCGAGAAGACAGGCCGGCACUGUACCCACCACUUCUGCUGGGAAUGUCUCGUGCCAUACUCUAGCAUCAUGCAGCACACCCGUCACUGCAAACACGUGGGUGUCAACGUUGCCGCCGAUCCACGCAACUAUGCAAACCUCAAUCUACACAUCGAACAGGUCAAUCGUCUUUUCGAGCAAAACAUGGCAGAUCUCGGCACCCAAGAAUUACAGCGGGCACCGCUGGCCCAGGUACACCCCACACCUAUCCAACCACUGCCCCGACCGACCAUCGUGGCACCUCUCGAUCCGCAACCAGGGGGGCUUGAGGAUCAGUUCGCCAUCACGAUCCCUUUCGUCGUUGAAGAGAACCUUGUGCAAAUGGGUCGAGCGCGGAAGAAGCCAGCGUGGCAGAAAUCAGGAUUUGGGUUGAUGAACCUGCAGGUAGGCGUGGCAAUGGAGACAGAGAUAGAUGAUAGACUUCAAGGCGGUGGCGAGGGAGAUUGA